AACAACGAAGAAGAUCAAGAUGCAGAAAGGAAACAGUCUCCUUAAGUAUUGGUUACUGUUGCAUCUCCUACUUUUAGAAACCGGAUUAUCAACAGGUGAAACAACCACAUCAGGUGAGAAUGAAUACAACUCAAUCUCUGGAGGGACGAGCACACUUGUCAAUACUGGAUUUAGCACAACCUCUGCUGGAACAAGUAUAGUCUCCAACACUGGAUCUAGUGUGACCUCUAGUGGAACCAGUACAGCCACCAGCAUUGGAUCCAGUGUGACCUCCAGUGGGUCCAGCACAACCUCCAGUACUGAAUCUAGCACAGCCUCUGGAGGGACCAGCACACCUAUGAAUACUGGAUCUAGCACAAUCUCUGACAGGACUAGUAUAGCCACCCAAACUGGACCCAGUGUGACCUCCAGUGGGUCCAGCACAACCUCCAGUACUGAAUCUAGCACAGCCUCUGGAGGGACCCGCACAGCCUCCAGCACUGAAUCCAGUGUGACCUCCAGUGGGUCCAGCACAACCUCCAGUACUGAAUCUAGCACAGCCUCUGGAGGGACCAGCACAGCCUCCAGCACUGAAUCCAGUGUGACCUCCAGUGGGUCCAGCACAACCUCCAGUACUGAAUCUAGCACAGCCUCUGGAGGGACCAGCACAGCCUCCAGCACUGAAUCCAGUGUGACCUCCAGUGGGUCCAGCACAACCUCCAGUACUGAAUCUAGCACAGCCUCUGGAGGGACCAGCACAGCCUCCAGCACUGAAUCCAGUGUGACCUCCAGUGGGUCCAGCACAACCUCCAGUACUGAAUCUAGCACAGCUUCUGGAGAGACCAGCACACCUGUUAAUACUGGAUCUAGCACAACCUCUGGCAGGACUAGUAUAGUCACCCAAACUGGACCCAGUGUGACCUCCAGUGGGUCCAGUACAACCUCCAGUACUGAAUCUAGCACAGCCUCUGGAGGGACCAGCACAGCCUCCAGCACUGAAUCCAGAGUGACCUCCAGUACUGAAUCUAGCACAGCCUCUGGAGGGACCAGCACACCUGUCAAAACUGGAUCUAGCACAACCUCUGGCAGGACUAGUAUAGCCACCCAAACUGGACCCAGUGUGACCUCCAGUGGGUCCAUCACAACCUCCAUUACUGAAUCUAGCACAGCCUCCAGCACUGAAUCCAGUGUGACCUCCAGUGGGUCCAGCAAAGUGUCUAGUACUGGAUCCAACACAAACCCCAGUGGGACCAGCACAGCCUCCAACCCUGGAUCCAGUGUGACUUCCAGCAGGACCAGUAUAGCCUCCAACACUGGAUCUAGUGUGACUUCCAUCGGGACCAGCAUAGCUGCCAACACUGCAUCCAGUGCAACCACAGGAGGCUCUAGCACACAUUCUCCAAUUGGAACACACACAACUUCCCAUGGGGUUGGCACGAGUGCUACUACUCCAGUGAAUGAAAUGAUACCCAGAGGGACCCUGAAACCAUGGGAAAUCUUCCUCAUUACUCUUGUCUCGGUUGUAGUGGCUGUGGGAUUCUUUGCUGGGCUCUUCUUCUGUGUGAGAAAUUCCCUGUCCCUGAGAAACGUCUUUGACACAGCUGUCUACCACCCCCAUGGCCCCAACCUUGGCAUGGGCCCUGGAGGGAAUCAUGGAGUCCACCACAGGCCUAGCUGGAGCCCUAACUGGUUCUGGAGGAGACCAGUAUCUUCAGUAGCCAUGGAGAUGAGAAGGGGAUACAAUGGGCCCUGAAUGGCCCCUGAAGCCAGAGUGCCACCUUUUUCAAGGAGGAAGACAACCAGGGAGACCAGAGAUCUGAGUGUCCUUUUAUUUGUCCUCAGGAGUCCCCUCCCAGUUUUGUCUGGGUCUCUGACAGCCCUGGGGAAGACACUCCCUGUCUCUUGCUUUUACUAAACUGUGGAAA